AUGCCAGACUACACUUUCUUUCAUUUGCGUUCUAUUCGUCUGGAGGUCACUUUACCCUUCUUUUUUUCUCGUUGUCCCACUUUCAUUUUUCUCUUAUUAUUUUCGAUUAGUUUACCCUUCUUUUUUCUCGUUGUCUCACUUUCAUUUUCUCUUAUUAUUUUUGUUUUACCUUCUUUUUUUCUCGUUGUCCCACUUUCAUUUUGCUCUUAUUACUUUCGAUUAGUUUACCCUUCUUUUUUUCUCGUUGUCCCACUUUCAUUUUGCUCUUAUUAUUUUCGAUUAGUUUACCCUUCUUUUUUCUCGUUGUCUCACUUUCAUUUUGCUUUAUUACUUUCGAUUAGUUUACCCUUCUUUUUUUCUCGUUGUCCCACUUUCAUUUUGCUCUUAUUAUUUUCGAUUAGUUUACCCUUCUUUUUUCUCUUUACCCUUCUUUUUUCUCGUUGUCUCACUUUCAUUUUGCUCUUAUUAUUUUCGAUUAGUUUACCCUUCUUUUUUUUCUCGUUGUCCCACCGUUUCAUUUUGCUCUUAUUAUUUUCGAUUAGUUUACCCUUCUUUUUUCUCGUUGUCUCACUUUCAUUUUCUCUUAUUAUUUUUCGAUUAGUUUUCUUUUCUCGUUGUCUCACUUUCAUUUUGCUCUUAUUAUUUUCGAUUAGUUUACCCUUUUUUUUUCUCGUUGUCUCACUUUCAUUUUUCUCUUAUUAUUUUCGAUUAGUUUAUCUUUCUUUUUUCUUGUUGUCUUACUCUCUUUUAUUUAUUUUCUAUGAGUUCCUGAUUUGCUUAAUCUAUCUAUCUAUCUAUCUAUCUAUCUCUCUAUCUAUCUAUCUAUCUAUCUAUCUAUCUAUCUAUCUAUCUAUCUAUCUAUUCAGUGUUAUAUCUAUCUCAGUCUAUACGAUGUUUAUCUAUAUAUUUAUCUUUCUCAGUCUGUUUACGGUGAUAUCUAUCUAUCUAUCUAUCUAUCUAUCUAUCUAUCUAUCUAUCUAUCUAUCUAUCAUUCAAGAACCAUCAAGAGAACGGUGA